AGAGGGGCCAGGCGGCGUGACUCGGGUCUCGCCUCGACCGCGGGGAAAAGAAACAAACAUUUAACCCAUUUGGCGCACGAACGGGUAUCUCUACGUGACUCAGGAAUCACCCGUUAUGUCAAAGUUGAUAUUAUAACUACGAGUACAUUUUACCACAAAGGCCUAAACGAUCUUAUAGGCCUGGAGCAAUCAGAUAAGAAAAGUAACGGAGACGAGAUAGCGAGGGGAGUGGAGACCGGGAGUGGCACGUCGCCUCCACGCCUCCACCCACCCGUCGCUACGAUCCACUUGGGGAGGCACUUCCCGGAGCCACUUAAGCCUGAGUGCGGCUGGCCUGGGAGUCACGCAAGGCUCACCGUGACAUAAACAGCUCUGGCACGCGGGAACACGGACACACUUGGCACUGCAGUCACACAAAAUAUAGUUAGUGCCUUAUAGAAACACUGCAUGGGAGACAGGCACACGGCCUUGAGUGAAAUAAUGGUGCGCCUUCCUGCGGCGUGGUGCUCCUCCAGGCGGCGGUGACAUUCCUGCGCGGGACUCGCCGCAUACUGGACCGUUACGGGACGCCGCCCAGGUGCUUCAAGGGCCGAGGCUUCCCCACACCUGUAGCCUCCUUGAGAUGCCGUGACCACUGUGUCUUCCAGAGAGGGAGCAAUCAGUGAGCUGCCGCCAUGAAUAACAUAAUUCGUGCCAAGUGUCUCGUUCUCGGUGACAGUGUUGUGGGCAAGACAGCGCUGGUGCAAACCUUCAUGACAGAGAACAGCCAGUUUUCAAAGAAUUACAACAUGACUCUGGGGGUGGAGGUUGUAACCAAGCUGAUCCGUGUGCCAGACACGCAGGCCAGUGUGGAGCUGUACCUCUACGACUGUUCCGGCAAACAAUACUACAGAGGCCUCGUCAAAAAGAUGAGCAGCCACCCAUCCCUCUUGUUGCUGAUGUAUGACGUUACUUCAGAGAACUCCUUCAACUUGCUCAAUGACUUCUAUGAGAUGGUAAAAGCAGAGGCACAAGGAGAGACAGUAAAGGGUGUGCUUUUUGCCAACAAGACAGACCUUACAGCUCGGCGGGUCAUCAGCCCUAAAAUGGGUCGAGAUGCAGCCCAGAGAUUAGGGCUGCUUUACUUUGAGGGAUCAGCUAAAGACCAAAAAGGGAUUGAGGAGCCAUUUUUCUUCCUUGUCAAUGAGUGGUUCAAGACUUACACAGACAAGACCCAAGCUCUCAAGAUGCUGACAUGAAAACCUACUACAAUUAAGGAAGCAAGCAGUGCACAACAACACCCCAAGGCAGUCACCCUGAGUGCCUUAAGUCUCCUGUUCUGUCAUCCACAACCUUGGCACUAUCCCAUGCCAGUUCAUCUCCUCACCUUCCAUGACACUGACUGUGAAAACUUCACUGUACAUGCACCAAGUUGCUUUCCUGGAAAUAUUUAAGAAGAGGGAAACAGCAACUAGUAUUUUUGGUGUUAAAUAGAUGACUUCGUAGAAUAUAAUCAAUCCUUCUCAACUGAAAACUUUUACCAAAAACCUGCUCAAGGCACAUCACUUGGACACUCUCAGUACUUGUACACAUUAACAUGCAUGUAAGAAGUGUUUAUUGAGUUGGACUUUAUCUGGAGGAAAGGGCUACAAAGCUGAUCACAAAGUAUUCACACUGUACAAAGAACAAUUUUCUUUAGGGACUUCUGCAUUCAGUUUUUAAAGUGAUUCCUUUCUAAGGCAACAUGCAUAAUCAGAGAGGUGGUUUUCAAGAGUGAAAAAAUAUCUGGGUCAGUUGAAAUGGUUUGUAUCUCAAGUUCCAUGAUAAUCAUCAUUACUCUAAUUGAAUUUCCUGUAUAGAUUCUAAUACCAGUGAGGGUAUGUGAAUACAGUUAACAGUAGUGAGAUGUUUUACUUGUUUUUUUUUCUCCUUAGACAGAUGUCAUUGAAAAUUAUUCCACACAGCCAUCAGUAUCUCAAUAUAAACACACCCCGGAUACUUUGUGAAUGGUUAUAAGCCAACUCUGGUUCUAACUUAGUACAUGAGUACCUCAUCUAUCUAAAUCAACUUUGUCACAAGCAGACCUAACCUCUCUUUGAUAGCCUCUAUGAACACAUGUCCUCUAUGGUUAGACAUCAACACAACACAAAUCUUAUUUUCCUAACACCCACAACAAGCUGCACAAAAGUGAGCCAAGUUUGUCAGUCCUUCAAAUGACUUUCCACCAGUGUAGUUGUCCAGUGCCAUUCAUGAUUGGUCUAAUGCAAAUCAGACUUACAACAUGGCACAGGAAGUCACACAUAGGCAUGCCAGCAUCAUAUUUAAUUAAGUAUCCCUUCAUGUCCUGUUUCAUGUGUGCCAUGAAAUCUUCAGUCCUUACCAAUGAGUCUGUCUGAUAAUGUUAGUAUAGAGGUGUCCUGUAAUUAUGUGAAGACAAUGGAUUAAAAUGGACAGUUUGGACAAUUACAAUCUUAAAAUUUCUGCAAUUUACUUGCCUCCACUGCACAUUGUUCCUCUAUACAGUUUCCACAUCUACAAAAAUUGGUCCCACAUGGCAUUGCUCUAGUGACAUCAGUGAGACUACAAGUGUAACACCAAAAGCUGCACCUACACAAUAAGAUCUCCCAUGGGACAGUUGUGCUUCUAAUUGUUAUGAAGCAGAAAUGAAACUGGUGAAUCUUGGGGAAGUCUGCACAAGGUGCGUAAUGCCUGCCAUCUGGUCAUAGCAACAAAUUAUGUCACUGUUGGUUUUACAUAAAUAAUUCAAUUGUACCUAUUAUUGACUCUUAUAAUUUCUCAAAAAGUAAUGAACAUUUUUCUUAUGAAUAAAAUAAUUAGUAC